CCAGUUGUGUCGCCUGUGUUGGCCAGUGACCGCUCGGUGGCCAGUGUAGAUGGAAUGUGUAAUUAGUGAGAGUAACACUUUGCAACAUACACAUCACUAAAGUGCGCUAGAUCAGGCCUACAGGCGGUAGUGGACAAUAUCACCGUAGGGCUGGAUCCUUCACACAAAACCAUGUCUGCCUACACCCAAUUCGGCUACACCUACCCAACGCCAGCUUCACAGCUCCUGGUGGGGCAGAGCGGCGGGGGGACGGCAGGUUCCGGAUGUUGCGAGGGCGGCCGAACCAUCAUGACGGACCCGGUGAGUGGUCAGUCCGUGUGCUCGUGCCAGUACGACCGCCUGGCACUCGGGUCCUACCCAAGAAUCGGCUCGGGGCUCGGGGCUUCGGGCACCGUGUACGGCACCACCUACACCUCCAGUGAGCAGAACCCUUACCCGUCCAUCGGCAUGGACUCCUCCGCAUUCUACAGCCCGCUGAGCUCCGGCUACGGCAUGAAGGAGGGCGGCGCCGGCGAUGUCUCCAUGUACGGCAGCGGCCUCGGGGCUUCGCCGGCAGGGUAUUACCCCUACGACCCCACCUUCGCCGCCUACGGGUACGGUGCCGGCUACGACCUCGCCGCCCGCAGGAAGAACGCCACCAGGGAGUCCACAGCGACGCUGAAGGCGUGGCUGAACGAGCACAAGAAGAACCCUUACCCGACCAAGGGCGAGAAGAUCAUGCUGGCGAUCAUCACCAAGAUGACUCUGACGCAGGUAUCCACGUGGUUUGCAAAUGCUCGCCGUCGCUUAAAGAAAGAGAACAAGAUGACUUGGGAACCCAGGAACAAAACAGACGACGAUGACGCUAAGUUGUCUGAUGACGAGGACGACGAGAAGGAACCCGGAGACAAGGAAGACGAUGAUAUCAAGAAGGACGACAAGGAUGGCGACGCUACGAUGACGGAGACGAAGGUGGAGGAAGGAGAAGGCCAGACGGAGUUGAAGCCGUGUGAGGGAGGAGUGGUGGGGGGCACAAAGGCUGUCACCGCCGCCAUCUCCCCCACACCCACACUCCACCCCACCAAUCACUUCACUGUGCCUAAGGGAGAGAAGAGUGACUGUGCGGUUUCGCUGCCUUCCGCCAAACCCAAGAUUUGGUCUCUAGCCGACACAGCAGCCUGCAAGACUCCCCCGCCUACGGGUGGCCCACCUGGCAGCGGGUGGCUUGCAGGUGGCACCACAUUCCCCCUGCCGCCCACCAUCCCGCCCGCCCAACAGCAAUACACACGGUUUAAUCACCUUAUGACCGGAGUUAACCCAGCACAAUAUAUGGCAGGAUACAGCGAUGGCGUCGGCACAGACACCCCGCCCCAGACGCCGCCCAACGCCAAGGGCCAGCAGAACCAGCAAGGUCAGGGCGGCCUUGGCGCCGGAGCCUUCCUCGGUGGCUCCACGUCAGGCAGCUACGGCGCCAACAUGGCUGGUGGGCUCUCAUCGUGCUCCCGGGGCUCCACGGCGCCUCUACCCGCACCAGGAGCCGCCGGGGCUCCCGUAGGCGACGCCUCCUUACACCAGCGAUACCAGGGACCCACAUCACACGCCGGCAGCGUAACUCACACCAACACAGGAGCGGCGACUAUGCCCUCCACCGCCUUCACCCCCGUCUACAAGACCUCUCAGCAGGGUGGACCGCAGGUUGCACAGCAGACGUCGCAAAUGGCGAACCAGCAGCAGAUGCCAUGCCAGCAGUCGCAGCAGGUACAAGGGGGCCCCGUCACAGCAGGACCCUACGUGUCGUGA